UCAGUGUUUUACACAUACACACACGCAUUCACACACACAUACACAUGCAAACACACAGACGCAAACGCACAUGCCACCACUAAAGCUUCCACUGAUGAUCCUGGCAAAAAGAUGGGUGUAACAGGUCUGACUUGUCUCAUCAUCUCUAAAUUAAUUUACCAUUUACUGCCUUUUUUUAUUUCAUCCAGUACAGCUGAUGGGUUCCAAACUUGUCCAAAGAACUUGACACAAUAUAAUCCAUAUAAUGUCAGUGUACAACUGAAGAACGUCUUAGGCAGGAGCUGUCCUACUGUUGUGAACAUGACCUGUUGUACUAACCUGCCCCUGAACCUAUCCCAUGGCUUUGAGUGGUGGAAGGACCAGAAUAAAAUAAACAACAGCAACCAGAAUACUUUAAGUCAGAACAUCACGGGCCAAGUGAAAUUCACCUGCAUUGUUCUGAGUCAAUGUGGAAACUUCAGUGCUUCCAUGAAUCAAACAACCAAUUGCUCCUCUGAUCACAAUGGAAUCACCACCGUUCUGCUGAUCUGUGCAGUAGGAGCCAUAUUUGUCAUCCUCAUGUUUGGUAUCACCAUGAAGGUCAUGCUGAAGAGAGGAGAGGUUCAAAGGCAGGCCAGGAGGCAACAGAGACAAGUGGUGCAGAACAAUGACAGCACGGCAACCGUCACAAGCACCUGGUGAAAGAGACGGAGAUAAAUACUGUGCAAAUGGAAUUAUUGAUGAAGCCAAGAUCUAAUCAUUUUCCUCCGUGGACUCUAUAUGCCUUCUCUUUUGGAAUUAAAUUCUUGUGGUACUUAAGGGUUA